UUGUUAAAGGCUGUUCUCUCUAGUGAAGCGAAAAGGGCUGCUUCAGUUUCUAAGGAUACUACAUCGUUAGCAAUGCUGCGAGCAUCAAAAAUUGGUAGAAGUUUGAAGAAUGAUGACACAGCAUUAGAGGCAAUAGAGAAAUCUCAAGUGCCACUAAUCCAAAUAAACCUCGUGGCGACACCAGGCAGAAGCAUUCUUAAGUCUAUAAAUGUAGCAUCAACUCAGAGGAAAUGGGGCAAAAAGCCAUAA